AAACACAGCAUCAAGAUGAUGGGGAAUACAGAAAUACACAAUUCAGAACAAUCGAAUUUGAAUUUUGUUGUUAACGAUAAGAAAAGCUUAUUCAAUGAAAAAGGGGGCUUGCCAAUAUUUUUGGCAGAAGAAUUGGUGGAGAAUGUCUUCGGAGAGAUCAAUAACCGCAACAAGUGUCAUAUCAAAAUUAGCAGCAGUAAAUGCCAAAGCUUCCAACAGAAAUCCCAAACUUAUGGUGACAAUGAUGACAUGGAUCCGCGUCUGAAAUGCUGGAACAAUAUGCUCCGGGAUCGAAAAGUGUUACAGCAGCGCAUCGAGCGUCGCACUGGCAAGCGUGCCGAGGAUGUUCUCUUUAAUCGCCAUGCCACCAUCGAUGUGCAGGCCAAGCAGAUGAUUAUCCGUCUCUUGGAUACUGCUGAGCGUAGCAAGGGUGUUCCUCCGAACCGGGUCAAGGGUGUGCUACGGAUGCGCCACAAUGCAGAGCUGUGCCGCGAAGUACGUGAGCUGCAUCCAACGGAACCGAAGCUAGAGCGUUUGGCGUUUGUGGGCUUGCCAGAGGUAACGCAGCUGGAAUUGGCUAACACAGUGCAAACGGGCGAGACUAAAUGGCUACGCUCAGAGGUUCUGAGUGAACGUCUGGAACAGCAGGAGGAGAAUAUCUUGAGUGUGAUGUCCCACUAUCCAGAGCUGGAUCAGCUACAGAUAACCACAUUGAUUAAAAGUCCUGCGGUGCCAGUUAUUGACACCCAAUGCCUUGGCGACGACCUCAUUUUGUGUGUGUCCGAGACGACAGAGGAAGCCAAAGAGGAUGCACCGCAAUCACCUAAGCCGAUGCCGCCGGUCGAGAAAUUCGAGAAGAAAACCAGAUGGGAGGAAAAUAAUGUGAUUCUAAUAAAUGGAAUAUCCUACGGCUUUGGCUCAAACAGCGAUGUUCUGAGCGGAGAUCUGCACUUGUUACUCCAGUGCGAUCCACUGCAACGCAUUCGAAAGACAAUUGUGCAGCUGGAUAACAUUGGCAAUAAGUUCAUCCAGAUACGCUGGCAUCAAAUGAGUCUACUGAAUAAGGAGCUGCAUCAGCACACGCCAAUCCGCUCGGAAUUCGUAUUCGACUCACAGCCCUUUGUGCUGCUGCCCGGUAAUCAGCGACGCAUCGAUGUGCUCUACCAGCCAUCCAGGGUGGGCGUUAAGAAACAACACUGGUGCCUCGUCAUGCAACGCUCUCCCUUCUGUGGAGUUCGUCGUUUACAUAUACGCUUCCAUGGGGUCUGCACGCAGCCAGUUAUAUACCGGGAUCGUCUCGAUUUGGAUCAGCGUUUAGUUAUUAACAAACGCAAUCGGCAGAUCAAUGAGCGUCUAACUCAAAUGCAUGCUGAGCUCGCGCCAAUGGUGGAGCGCUCAACGCUGAGCUGUCCUUAUCAGCGUGUCCUGGAUGAACGUGAACUAUUCAGCGUACAGAAUCCGGGCUUCAAGUGCGAUCGAUAUGCGGAUCUGGAAACGCUCAAGGAGCUCUAUGUGCUGGUAAAGAAGCCGCGACAGCCACCCUGGGACUACCGCCUGGAGACGCUGCGGCAAUGCAUUUACCAGCACGAUGCGGAGCAUCGUGAAUCCCUUCAAAAUAUCGUAGUCGAAUUGCUAUCAACAAUGCGCGGCAAUUCAAAUGAGGUCUUCCCGAAAGAGAAGGUGGAUAUGCAGCGGGAGCGUUCCUGUUUUCUCUAUGUUCGAGGCAUUGUCGGCAGCACGAUUGAUGAGUGGGAGAACAUUAGCGAUGGCUUGGGAGAGAAGUUUUUCAAGUCUGAGCUGCGGCGCUACAGGAAUGAGCUGAAGGAGAAGUCCAAAAAGCUUCCUUACGACAAGGAUUAUGUGAAAUCGUUAGUCUUCAAGCGGGUGCUCAGCUGCAAAUACUUUAAGGAUUCACUUUACAUACACACGUAUUCUCUUGUCUGUGAUGCUGCGGAGAACAUUGUAUCCGCCAUUGAGAGCGCUUUGACUCAUUGAGCCAAUCAGUUUUCAUUCAUCAUUCACUUCGAAUUCGCUUCGAAACUUUUACAAUGCUUUGUACUUCCACAAUAAAAAUAAUUUCAAAUCAAAUCAUCAUUCACCAAAUGAA